GCUGUGCGAGGCGAGUGGGGCCCUCCUGGCAGCUGCCCCUGCCCCACGUCCGUGCCCAUGCUCUGGACCCCCUGGGCACCCAUGUGCUGGCCCGGGGACCCCUUCGCACCAUGAAUGACCAGUACCACCGAGCCGCCCGGGACGGCUACCUGGACCUGCUGAAGGAAGCCACCAAGAAGGACCUGAACGCGCCAGAUGAGGAUGGCAUGACCCCGACCCUAUGGGCCGCCUACCACGGCAACCUGGACGCCCUGCGCCUCAUUGUCAGCAGAGGGGGUGAUCCAGACAAAUGUGACAUCUGGGGGAACACCCCCCUCCACCUGGCAGCAGCCAAUGGCCACCUGAACUGCCUCUCCUUCCUCAUCUCCUUUGGGGCCAACAUCUGGUGCCUGGACAAUGACUACCACACCCCACUGGACAUGGCAGCCAUGAAGGGGCACAUGGAGUGUGUGCGGUACCUGGACUCAAUUGCUGCCAAGCAGAGCAACCUCAACCCCAAGCUGGUGAGCAAACUGAAGGACAAGGCCUUUCGGGAUGCGGAGCGGAGGAUUAAGGACUGCGUGAAGCUGCAGAAGAAGCACCACGAAAGGAUGGAGAAACGGUACAGAAAGGAGAUGUCAGAUAAUUCAGAUACCAUGAGCUUUUCCAGCUAUUCAAGCAGCACCUUAAGCAAGAAGUUCCAGCACAUGUCUAUGGUGACUUCCUUGCCAUACUCACAAGCCACCAUCCAUGGCACAGCCAAGGGAAAGACGAAAAUACAAAAGAAAUUAGAGAAGAAGAAGCAGGUGGACGGGACAUUCAAGAUCUACGAGGAUGGCAGGAAAAGCGUGCAGUCUCUGUCUGGUCUGCAGCUGGGCAAUGAUGUCAUGUUUGUGAAGCAGGGCACAUACGCCAGCCCAAAGGAGUGGACUCGCCGCAAUAUUCGAGACAUGUUCCUCACAGAUGAAGACACUGUCUCCCGUGCCAUAAGUGACCCAGGUUUGCACAUGGACUCGGCCCACUCAGAGGUCAGCACUGACUCUGGACACGACUCCUUGUUCAACCGCCCCGGGCUGGGCACCAUGGUGUUCCGGCGCAACUAUGUGAGCAGUGGGCUCUUUGGGAUCGGCCGGGAGGACGGGGGCACACUGGGGGAGGACAGCGCCGAUGGGAUGGGCAUCAGACUGCGGAGCCGCCUGCAGCGCUCGCCAAGUCUCAAUGACAGCAUUGGCAGUGCCAACAGCCUGCAGGAGAGGAACGCAGAGGAGCUGCCCUGGGAUGAGGUGGAGCUGGGCUUAGAUGAUGACGAUGAACCCGACACAAGCCCCUUGGAAACUUUUCUGGCUUCCCUGCACAUGUUUGAAUUCAUCUCCAUCCUGAAGAAGGAAAAGAUUGACUUGGAGGCUCUCAUGCUGUGUUCAGACAAUGACCUGAAGAGCAUCAAUAUCCCUUUGGGCCCCAGGAAAAAGAUUGUGGAUGCCAUCCAGAGGAGACGACAAACGCUGGAGAAGCCAGAUGUUAUUGUAGACACUGAACUGUAAGUGGGAGAUGGGGUGUC